UUUACUGGUCUGCAGUGGUCAGAGUCUAUCAAAAGUGCUCCAAGGAAGGAACAGUGGUGAAUCGGUUGAUGCUCAUUCAGACGAGUUCCUGUAGCUCAAAUUGGUGAAGAAGGUAAUGAUGUUGAUGCUCGAUGGGUCACGAUUGUUUUGACAGCAAAAGGUGGACCAACACAACAUUAGGCAGGUGUUAUGCCUAGUUUACACGUUUAUCAAAAAUAUUGUGCUUUUUCUUAGUAUAUGUCAAUGUCGUAGCAACCAGACAGAACAUAUUUGUAGGAGAAUACACGAUGUUAUUAUGGCUGAUUGGUGUAUACUGUUCACACAGGUUUUCUUCUUCCCGGAAGUCUCGUGUCCUAUCGCGAGAAUUGGAAAGAGCGGCCUCCUCGCGUAUCCCAGAAUGCUCAGCGAAAAUGAAUUCGGCCAUGUCGUGUUAACCCGCAGGAAUAUUCUGUGAGGGGAAACCGCGCCGACUCGGGAGUCAGGAGCUUUAUUAUUUUAUCCCGCUGAGCUCGGAGAGAGGACACACGGAGGGACGUGGUGCACUCACCCCUGGUGCCUCGGUACAGAAAUUAAUCGGAGAGACGCGCCGGAAGGCCAUAAAGAGGACGCCAUGAGCGGCGGGACUCCGUACAUCGGUAGCAAAAUCAGCCUGAUCUCCAAGGCCCAGAUCCGCUAUGAGGGAAUUUUAUACACAAUCGACACCGAGAACUCCACCGUCGCCCUCGCCAAAGUGAAAUCUUUCGGCACUGACCGUCCCACAGACAGACCAGUGGCUCCUCGGGACGAUGUCUUUGAAUACAUCAUUUUUAGAGGAAGCGACAUCAAAGAUUUAACAGUUUGUGAACCACCAAAGCCCAACUGCUCCCUGCCUCAAGACCCGGCCAUCGUACAGUCAUCUCUAGGCUCCACUCCCUCACCGUCCUUCCAGCCAGUGGGUUCCUACCCAUCCUUCAGCCGACCCCCUGUGCGUGCUUACAGCCAGUUCUCAGCUCCUCCUGCGUCGCAGCCCAUCAGCACACCAGUCACCACAGGAAGUUCAGGGUCUGUGUUCAGUAGAGAGACGAACGUAGCUGCCUCCCUGUCCCAGAGCGCCGUCCCCUCCAACUCGGCAUCUCUGAGCUCACGUGUUACUGAAGGUCGCACAAGUCCGUCUCUUGAUGCCCUGCAGCAGAGCCCGAGCCUGGACCCUGCAGUGCAGCCUGCUCCUUUAGUGGCACCUGCUGUGUCUGUAAAUCAGAAGACUCCUGGAGGGGGCAGACCUCCUCCCGGUUCCCAGAAACAGCCUGCUGAGAGCCAGGAACACAGCAGAGCUUCUGAUGUAGAGAAGGCUCCUCGCCCUGAAGCGGACCUGAACAAAGUGGACUCCCGAGAAGCCAGUAACCGCCCACAGGGCAGUGCUCCUGCUGUGCGAAGAGGAAGAGGAGGAAUCGGCGGCGGCGGUGGUAUUAGCGGCGGCGGAGGUGGGAAUCAGCGUGGCCGGGGCCGCUUUAACAUGCGCAGAGACGGACCGAUGAAGUUUGAGAAGGACUUUGACUUCGAGAGCGCCAACGCUCAGUUCAACAAGGAGGAGAUCGACCGCGAGUUCCAGAGCAAACUCAAAAUCAAAGAUGAGAAGACAGUGAACGGGGAAGAAAAGGCAGACUCGGGCGUGGAGACGCAAAACAACGAGAGCAACGUGGACGAGGAGGAUCCACUGGGACCCAACUGCUAUUACGACAAGUCCAAGUCCUUCUUCGACAACAUCUCCUGUGAUGACACCAGAAAAAUUAAGCCUGGUGGUGGCAGGGAGCGGAGACAGACCUGGGCAGAGGAAAGGAGGAUGAACGCAGAGACGUUUGGCCUCCCGUUGCGCCGAGGGCGCGGCGGGUACCGGGGGAGAGGGGGCCCUAUGGGUUUCCGUGGCGGUCGUGGGCGUGCAAGUGGGCGUGGCUCUUUUGGCCCGCCCCGGGGUGGACCCGGAUUCAGAGGGGGCUUUCGUUCAGGACGGGGAGGACGAGGAGACUUUGAAUUUGAUUACCGGAAGGACAACAAGGUGGCAGCGUAGUUCAAAGGAGGAACAACUACAGGACGAAGUUCUCCUUCUUUCCUCUCUCCUCCUAUAUAGACGCUACGCUCUGUUUGUCUGUUUAAACCGAAACGGACCGGCGCACCCGAGGUGGACUCCUCCUUCCUCCCUUUUUUUUUUUCUUCUUCUUUUCCUUCCUUCCUUCCUUUUUUUUUUUUUUUUUAAGAGAAAUACAGAAAAAGUCGGCUCUUUCCUUGAAACAGACACCAUGGACUGUGUGAAUCUUUAGUGAAAUUACUUUUCAGUAUUUUUGCAUCAGCGUUUUAGUUCCUUUCUUACAGAACAGUAAUAAGAAUUGAAAUCUUAUUUGAUAAUAUUCCUGCUAGGUACACACACACACACACACACACGUACGCCGACUCCGACUCCGGUCGAUACUGUGAGCUCCCAUUAGCUUUAUUUUUUUCCAUCUCAUAGAAGCACCAAAUCCAUCUUCGUGUCCUUCAUGAGAUCUUCACCUUCACUCCACGUUGCGGUCACUGACUCGUGACAUCGAGCUUCAGCACACUGAUCAUUUCUCUCGCUCUAUUGUUUCCCUCGUGUUGGUGUUGUUUUCUUCUUUAUUAUUUGCAGAAAUAUUCAUCUUGGUUGAUCUGCUUCAAUUGUUUCCUACGUUCUUAACUCUGAUCUGUAGAAAUUGAAAAAUCGAGUGUAUGUUGAAUGUAAUGUUGAUGUGAAGUUAUUCAGCACUCUGGGCUUUUUUCCCCUUUUUUAUUUUUUUAUUUUUUAUAUUAUUAUUUUCUUCUUGUAUGUGUGUUUUCAGUGCCACUGCAGACUGGAGCGUUCGCAGCCCCCUGCUGGAAGAGUCUGCCUUCUUUACUUCCGUUUAUUCAUUCUUUCUUUUCGAAAAGAAAAACAAAUCCGUGGGCUGAAAAAUUCAUCUUUUUGGAUGCCGACGUCUUUAAGUUUUUUUUUUUUUUUUUUUCGACCACGCCGUGUUUAAUUACACUCGCCGAGCCUUUACGUCGACAGCACGAAGGUCAAAAUCACCGCGUCCUGUCAAAUUUCUUCAGGGAUCGUCCCGCACCCUUUAACAGUCAGAACGGAUUCCGAUGCACUUUUUUGGACACGAGUACCGCCGUAAAACACAAGCAGUGUGCAGGGUUGUUUUUUUAACACUUAAUGUCGGUUCUGGUGUAAUUGUGAGAUUUGAAGCGUGUUGAAUGCCAUUCUGGCGAUUCCAGGUCACGGGUUUGAAGAGCGGAUCGUGCAUUUACUUUUUUUCGUUUUUUUUUUUCCCUUUCAUGCUGAAAUUUUGCCGCAGGUUCGAGGAGACUUUGCGGUAACAAACGCCGAGCUCAUGUUGUGUAAUAAACCGGUCAGAUCAUAACGUUAGCUUUUUUUUUUUGUGUUGUUCGUUUCCACAAAACGUAGCGACUCCCGCUGCCGGCUUUAAAUUCUACACCGACGUGCUGCACUUUGUUCCUGAGAUUUUUGUUCCUGAGUAAAAGCAGUACAAAGUUGAUAAAAAGUGGAUAUAAGUGAUGUGAUCACGUGAGACUCGCUGUCAGUAAGUCAGAUGAAUUGUGUGUGUGUGUGUGUGUGUGUGUGUGUGUGUGUGUGUGUGUGUGUGUGUGUGUGUGUGUGUGUGUGUGUGUGUGUGUGUGUGUGUGUGUGUGUGUGUGUGUGUGUGUGUGUGGGGUGAAUGAAAGGUUGAGUGGAGGACCGCUGAUCCAGGGUCAGUGCUUGGUACAAUUAGGGAUUAUAAACGAAUGCCAGCUCUUGAUGCUUUUUUGCAUCGUAUUCAAUUUGGAUUUAUUUUCCCCUGAAUGCCAAUGAAGCACUUUUUUUUUUUUUUCGUUUCUUUACCAGCAUUUGGGAGUUUGUUUGCAUUUCUUGAACAAUUUUUUUUAUCGCUUCUUGAUUUCCAGACACCGGCUUACGAUGAAAGAGACUUUUUUUUUUUUUUUUUCUUUAUCUUUCCUGCGUCUCAUAUUGAUACGACGCAGUAAAGUUUGUGUUCCUGUUGCGGCUUGAGGUUAUUUUUGUGGCUGUUGUGUACUUCCUGUAGGCGCUACGCGAUGACGACUUUACCCACAUGUGGUAUAUUCUUAUGGUCUAUUAGUAGGCAGCUAGUAUAAAGCCCUUCAGUUCCGAUCGAGCCGUCUGAUUGGAUGAUUUCAAGUCGUGGCUUGGAGCAAAGCAUGAUGGGAAAUGCCUUAACGAGCCAGCAAAUGUUGAGCUUUCUAGAAGUAUUCGGGUUGUAUUGAGCUCUCUGGUGCUCGUCCAGCGUUCGGGCCAUGAAGCAGAGGACUCGUAAAUCCUCUGGUCAAGUUUUGGGAUCGUUCUCUAUACAGAGACAGACGGAGGAGUGAUUGGACCGAUGCAAUAAUCACAUUAAUGCCCCACACUGCCCCUCGUCACCACCUCCUCUUGCUCAUGAUGUCAGACUGUACAUACAGUUUCAUUUUGUAAAGGUGAAACACGAUUUUCUCUCUCGUCAAAGAAUUUCAUUGGCUAAUGUGUGUUUUGUUUUUGUUUUGUAUUACAUGAAUAAAGCAAUUGUACAGCAUGGUGUACUUUUAGUGACCAGCUUGAACUUUUUAUUCAGAAAAAUGAGAAAUAAAUAGUUGUUCAAA